AUGCGACGCCGAAAAGUGCGCCGGUGCAACCCAGCUGGCUGUGAACCCUCAGACUCCACAGUGGCCACUGCCAUCCUAGUAACUAGGACACUCGAGAAGCCGCCGACUGCCAGCGUCAGACGCCCACGCAUCCGGUUCUUGCCCACAAAUGAUCGACAUUCAGCGUCAUGCUACCUCACCUCAGACCAUGCUGUUAUCCCGCAUUCUAGGGGUUCCUCUGCAGAAUUAACUUUCCGGCCUCUACAGGAGAAAGAGAUACCUGGCAGGUUACUGGGAUACCGGGUAAGUGCUAUUUGUGGACACUUCUUAGAUAGACGAUAUUUGGUGCCAUUUUUUGAAGGAUCACUUGAGCUGGAAGAGCUACGAUUAUUUCGAGGAGAAUCAGGGAAUAAAGCCCAAUCUAAAGGACUUUCACAUAAGCUUACAAAAGCAUGA